UUCUUCCGACUCAAUGGAUCAAAUGUCGAUUGUUGACCGUUUCAAAAUUGAUGGAGGGGCAACAGCUAGUUGCACUAAUUUAGGUGCUGAUCGUUCUUCUGUUGAAAAGCGUUUUGCUUUUAAUUUACUUGAGAAGUUACUUGCAUAUCUUGAACAAGCCAAUGUUCGAAUGAAAUCUUUAAAACCUUCACAUGAAUUAACAAAAAGAAAUUCUUUUCGAAGGGAAGGACAAGAUGUUAAAUUUUUUGAGAAAGUUGUUCUUCCAUUAAUGUUCGCCUACUUUAGUGCCCAUAGAAAUUAUUUUUUGGCAAGUAGUUCAAUGGUACAAACUGGGACUGCUUCAAAUAAAGAAAAGGAAAUGGUAGCAAGUCUUUUUUGCCGUCUUGCAGCUCUUUUGAGAAUUAAAAACCAUGCUUUUGGUAGUGUUGCACGUAUCACAGUUAAAUGUCUUCAAGGGUUAACGCAAGCUUUGGAUGUACGAACGUUAGUGAGGAUUAAUUCUGACAUAAUUCGAACAGGUGUUUUUAAUACAAAAUUCUAUCAGAUACUACUAAGAAUUAAAACUUAA